AUGGGCAUCACUCAUUCUUACCUGAAGUUAGGUCAGGCCAGGGGGGUCGUCUUCGCUCUGAUCAUCACGUGCUACUCUGCUUCCUCAGCCGUGGCCUUUGGAGAUGCCACUUUUCUUGUUCUUCGAGCUAAACCUAUGAGCUUUGAAGCCACGGCAAUCACUUUCUUCAUCAUCCUUCUCAUUUGCUUCAUUUUGAUCCUCCUUUUGUUGGUGGUUUUUUUAUAUAAAUGUUUCCAAGGCAAGAAUAAUACAGAGACAGAAAAAGUUGCCUGUAUAGAUGCUGACAGAGUUGGAGGCUGUGCACCUACGAAUGCAGAGACAAACAAUUCGGGAGACCAUGAAAAGGUUCUAAUGCAAAUCAUCAACUUGAAUCCACCCAUGAGGCCUGGCAUUCUUGUCCAGAGACAGAGUAAGGAAGUGUUGGCCACAUCUUUAGGAAACACAGAGGACACAGAGGAAGAAGAAGAGAACAAAACAAAAGAGAGUCAAGAGCCUGAGAAUGCUGAAGAAGCUGGCCAAGAGGAUGAUGAUUUGCAGAAAACAACCAUACCUGUCACUAGAACUCAUUCAGUUACUGAAAGCCAAAAAAGACCUUUGAAAGGAGUGACGUUUUCUAAAGAGGUGAUCAUCGUGGAUCUCGGGAAUGAUGACCCUAAACCUCGAAGCUAUGCUCGAGAACACAAAGAGAGAAAAUGA